AUGUUCAAAUAUACCAUCUGUUUUUUUACAAUAUUAAUUCGAUUAUGUUUUUCAUUAAAAUAUCUACCGGAAACAUCAAUUAAAGAAGAAUUAUCAAUUGGAUCGUUUGUAACAACGUUAACCGAUAAAAUUCCCAAUUUAGAUCAAUCGGAUGCCUAUGAUUUAGUUUCAACAUCAAAUGAUUUAGAUUUAUUUUCAAUUGAUCAUUCACAACGAACAAUUAUCGUUAAAAAUCGUAUUGAUUUCGAACAUUUAUGUCGUCAAACACAUUUAUGUAAUUGUAAACAUUGUUUAAUCAAUACAAAUAUUGCCGUAUCUAAUUCAUUGACAAUUGAUGUUUAUACAUUACCAAUUCAUGUCAUUAACAUUGAUGAUAAUAAAUUAUAUUUUAAUGUUAAUCGAACAGUAAUUGAAAUCGAAGAAAAUACAUCACCAAUAUCACGUCAAUAUUUUCCAUUACCAAUGGCCAUCGAUGAUGAUUUUGAUAGUCAAAUUGAUUAUGAAUUAUAUACAAUUAAUUGGCAAUCAACAACACUAUUUCGUUUAACUAAUACAACAACAUCAAUAGUUAAUGAAAAAAAUAUUCAAUUUGGUAUUGUUAAUAGUAGUUCAUCAUUAUUAUAUUUAGAACCAUUAAAAUCAUUUGAUCGUGAACAACAGUACAUCUAUUUAAUGCGUUUAGUUGCUAAAAGUGGUAUACAUCAAAUAUCCACUGAUAUUAUUGUGCUUAUUACAGAUACGAAUGAUAAUAUUCCACAAUGUGAACAAUCCUAUUAUAAAAUAUCGAUUAAUUCAAUGAAUGAUGAUAAUAUAACACAAAUAACAGCAUAUGAUUUAGAUCAAGGAGAAAAUGCUCGAAUAGCCUAUAAUAUUGUUAAUCAACAUAUUUAUCCAAAUAAUAUGUUUACAAUUGAUCAUAUAAAUGGAAAUAUGAAAUUUACAUAUAAAAAUUGGACAAGUUAUUUAGAUUAUUUUAAAAAUGAAAAUAGUACAAAAAAUUUAUUUCAAUUAAAAAUUAAUGUAACAGAUUUUGGAAAACCAAAACAAUUAUCAUCUGAAUGUAUUAUUGAAUUAGAAUUUACAUCAAUUUUAAAUAUCAUUAUUCAUUUACAUGAACAUCUUAUAACGAAUCAAACAGGCAGUUAUAUUCAACUUCGUGAUUUAAGUUCACCAUUAGCUCAAAUUCAAACUUAUGAUGAACAACAUCGUGAACAAUGUUUUAACUGUGAUUAUUCUGUAAGAGAAACAGAUUUAUUAGUAAUUAAUGAAAAUAGUUUGAAAUUAAAUGUUAAUUCUACAAAAGUUGUUCAAUUAUUAACUCAUUUGAAUAAUUCAUCAAUAUUAGAUUAUGAAUAUUUUCCAAUAGUUGUACACAUUGAUACAUGGAAAAAUACAACACCCGCAAUUCAUUCAACAAAAAUUUUAACGUUAAUAUUAUGUUUUGAUAAAAAUUAUUUAUUAACAAAAUCUGACACAAUUUAUGUACAAUUAGAUGAAAAUUUUGAAUUAAAUAAAAAAAUUUUAUCACAAGACUCAUUUCAAUGUCUUCAAAAUAGAACAAUAUUAUCGACAAAUAUAAAAUAUGAAUUAAUUGAUAAAAAUAAAACAUUUAAAAUUGAUCAUACAAAUAGUUUGAUACUUAUAAAACAUUUAGAUGAAGAACAACAAAAAAUAUAUGAUUUAACAAUAAUAGAAAUGUAUAAUUCAACUGAUCAAAUAGUGUCGACAAUAAGAAGCAAUACUUGUCGAAGAAAAGUUCGUCUAUUUAUCAUAGAUUAUUAUACUGAAUUUGUACCAUAUUUUACUCAACCUUAUUAUAUAUUUCAUUUAAAAAUAUCUAAUGAAACAACUCGUAAUAUAUUCAUCGGUAAUAUUCAACCAUUCAAUGAUACAAUAGCCACAUGUAUUUAUACAUCAUCAUCUGAUUUAAUUUUUAUUAAUUCACAAAAUGGUUCAAUCUAUUUAAAAUCUGCUCUUUCAUUAAAAUAUUUUUAUGAUUUUCAAAUUAAAGCUGAAAAUUCAAAUAUGCCAUCGUUAAAUACAAUUGUGCCAGUACGACUAAUAAUUAAUAGUAUUAAUCAAUAUGCACCAAAAUUAUUAUAUCCCAAUAAUGAUAAUGAACUUAUAUUUUAUAUUUCAUCAAAGUCAACUGUUGAUAAUGAUAAACAAAUGUUUUUAUUUCAAAUGAAAGGCUAUGAUCCAGAUAUUAAUGAGAAUGAAAAUCUAAAUUUAAAUAUACCCAAUAUUGAAUUUCAUCUAAUUGAACCAAUAGAUUUAUUUAAAGUGAAAAAAUUUAGUGGAAAAAUAUUUGUUAAUCUAUUUUUUCAAAAUAUUUCUUCAACAUAUAAUUUAACAGUGACAAUAAGUGAUUAUGGAUUACCUGUAUUAUCAUCAAAUUAUACAUUUAUUAUUCAUUUUAAAUUUGAUAAAAACGAGAUCAAAGAUGGUAUAAAAUCAGCUAUAUCUAGUGAAUCAACAAUAUCAUCAAAUUCAUGGAUAUUUAUUAUAAUAUGUUUUUCUAUCAUUAUAAUAAUAUUAACAACAUUAAUCAUCGUUCUAAAUCGUUGUCGACAUUCAUUAGCAAAACGAAAACUGAAUAAAAAUGAAAAAACGUGGAAAAAUGUAUCAGUUGCUGCUAAUCAAUAUUUAAUUGAAACAAACAAGUCAACAUCGAGUAAUGAUGGACAAACAGGAAAAAAUGAUUAUAUAAUCACUAGUUCACCACCAACACCAUUUUCUCGAUUUAUUGAUACAAUGGAUACAACUUCUUUAACAUCAUCAAUCAGACGUGAUUCAUUUCAACGAAUAAAUCCAUCGAAUAUAAAUUGCUCAUAUAAACGGGAACGUGUUUAUCCUAUAAUAUCUGAUCAUAAAAUAUCUUCUGCUGGAACAUUAAAAUUAAAUGGCAAUUAUGAUGAUCCAAAAUAUCCAAUUGAAAAUGAACAUUAUCAAAUACCAUCGAAUCAACGACCAUAUUCUUCUUCGUCGUUAAAUAAACAUCAACCAUUACAGUAUACUAAUUUCUCUCAUCGAAACUCUGAUGAAUUAUAUGAAAAAUAUUCACAAAAUAUCUCUCAUCCUAAUCAUAUCGAAAAUAAUAAUUUGACACUUAAUCAAAUAAAACGUUUAUCAAUGACAGAUAUAAAUAAAUAUUUAGAACGUUUUGAAAGAAUAUACAACGAUUUUUCAAAACAUAGUUCAAAAUCAGACUUAAAUAGUCAAAAUAUUAUAUUAACAUCGUCUGAAAAAAGAGAUCCAGUGGGCUCUGUAGUUUAG